GGAGGUUAUAACUUAUCAUCCAUCUCUGACUCCAUGGCCAUGUGCACCAGCGUGUUGCUAGGAGACCCUCCUCCCUCCUUGGCAACGCCCCUCCCCCCUCCUCAUCACAGCGCCGUGGCGACAAUCAACGAGGUCAUCGGCCACCACGCCCCCUACUGGAGCUCACUGAGGAUACACAUCGCAGAGUCUGUGCGGGCGUCCCUGCCCUCCCUGAAGCAUCGUGGGAAACGUAGUUCUAAAGGAAAAGGCAGGAAGUCUGAGCAGAGCAGCACAGACAGACCGCCGCUGCCCCCUACAGGACAGGAGGACACGACGACGCAGCGCAGUCUGGAGCAGCUCACGCAGGGAUUGGCCGGUUUGGACAUCAGUCAAACCUCAGCCGCUCCUGCUGCGUCUACCCCUGUGGGCGGGGCCAGACCAAAGGUCCGCCCCAGUCCGGAGAAGGUCGCCUGCGAGGGUGAAGUGAAGGAGGAGUCAUCUGAGCAGAGCCAAUCAGCAGAGAGCACGGCGCCGCCGACCCAGGCUGUUGUCGCGGCAACGUCAGAGUCGGUUGCCGCCGGAGACGAGGCUGUUGGCAAAGUGGGGGCGGAGCCAGAGGGAGCGUGUGGUUGGUCUAAGCCUGAGGCGUCUGUGGAGCUGCUGUGUGGAGGACAAACCGACGCCACUCUGUAUGUGGUGGACCCUCUGCCCUGGUGUCCUCACCUGGAUGCUGUUAAGCCCCUCCCCCCCUCAGGUAUCGAUAUCUUCCAGGUGUGUGAGGACUGCGGCUCCGACGCGGAGAACUGGACCUGUCUCACCUGCUACCAGGUGUUCUGUGGUCGUUACGUUAACGAGCACAUGGUGACUCACGGCGUCGUAUCCGAGCACCCGAUGGUCCUGAGCUUCUCCGAUCUGUCUGUGUGGUGUUACCUGUGUGAGUCCUACGUCCACAACCAGGUAACGUCUCCUGGUGACACCUGCUCACCCUGACUGCAGUCUGUAAUGUGGAUUCCUGAAGUCAUUGUGGUUUUCACUCUACAAGAUU